CGUUGUGUACACUGGUACGGCGGGAGGCCUGACCCCCCAUGAACCGGCGACUUCCUCUUUUUCAGAUUUCAUGGCGAUCGGGAGAGAGGGAAGACCACCGAAGCACGCACACUGUCUCAAUCCAACCGAAAUACAAUUAUUUAGUGAGAUCUAAGCAGACAGACACUGAACGGAUUCUCCUGCUGGUGUUGCUCAGUGGGCAGUAGUGGUUUCUAGUGCUGGUGUUCUGUUGAAGGGGCUCCUUAGCGCUCUGUGCUGUUGUCUUGCUGUGUCCUGGGUUAGGACUGCCAGCCUAUGGCUCUAAUGGACAAACACAAAGUAAAGCGACAAAGACUUGACCGCAUUUGUGAGGGCAUCCGCCCACCUAUCCUGAACGGGCCCAUGCACCCUCGGCCCCUGGUGGCCCUGCUGGACGGGCGUGACUGCACCAUAGAGAUGCCCAUCCUCAAGGACGUGGCCACUGUGGCCUUCUGUGAUGCCCAGUCCACCCAGGAGAUACACGAGAAGGUGCUGAACGAGGCAGUGGGGGCUCUGCUCUACCACACCAUCACUCUCUCCAGAGACGACCUGGAUAAGUUCAAAGGCCUCCGAGUCAUUGUCAGGAUCGGCAGUGGCUUCGACAACGUCGACAUCAAAGCUGCAGCUGAGCUGGGCAUCGCAGUGUGUAACGUGCCAGCGUGCUCGGUGGAGGAGACGGCCGACACGUCCAUGUGUCUGAUCCUGAACCUGUACCGCCGCGUCACCUGGAUGCAUCAGGCCCUGAGGGAGGGCACCAGGGCCUCCAGCGUGGAGCAGAUCAGGGAGGUGGCCGGGGGAGCUGCCCGCAUCCGGGGGGAGACGCUGGGCAUCAUCGGCCUGGGUCGUGUGGGCCAGGCGGUGGCUCUGCGGGCCAAGGCGUUUGGUUUCGGGGUGAUCUUCUACGACCCCUACCUGCCUGACGGAGUGGAGCGCUCCCUGGGCCUGCAGAGGAUGGCUACGCUCCAGGACCUGCUCAUCCACUCUGACUGUGUCUCUCUACACUGCAGCCUCAACGAACACAACCACCACCUCAUCAACGACUUCACCAUCAAACAGAUGCGCCAGGGAGCGUUCCUGGUGAACUCUGCGCGGGGAGGCCUGGUGGAUGAGAAGGCUCUGGCUCAGGCCCUGAAGGAAGGACGGAUACGAGGAGCCGCACUAGACGUCCACGAGACAGAGCCCUUCAGUUUCUCCCAGGGCCCUCUGAAGGAUGCUCCCAACCUCAUCUGUACCCCCCACACGUCCUGGUACAGUGAGCAGGCCUCCAUCGAGGCCAGAGAGGAGGCUGCCAGGGAGGUGCGCCGUGCCAUCACUGGGCGUAUCCCAGACAGUCUGAAGAACUGUGUGAAUAAGGAAUAUCUGAUGGCAGCGUCCCAGUGGCCCAGUAUGGAGGCUGCAACAGUCCACCCUGAACUCAACGGAGGCGGUGCAUACAGGUUUCCUGUGGGUCUGAUCAGCGUAGCAUCAGGGGUUCUGACGGGGGCGGGAGCAGGGGUAGAGGCCCUGGCUCACGCCAUCGCCCCUGUGUCCCAUCCCCCCCACACCUCAUCGCCAGGGCAACUCAGCAAGGCAGAGGCAGACAGAGACAUCCCCUCUGACCAAUAGCACCCCAACAUUCCUCCGUCACCCCUGGAAACCAACAACCCCACCCUCUCCUCCCACCAUCAUCAUCACCACCAACCCUCCUCUCCGACCUCAGGCAGAUUGACACUGGGGUUCCGGUUUGAUCCGGUUCGAUCUGGAUCUGUUCAAGCGCCGGUCCUUCAGAACACAGUACCAGCCCAGGAGUGACCUGCCGUCCACAAACUCCCCCCCCUCCGUAACCCUUCCUCGGACCCACUCAACCCCCCCCCCCCCCCAUGGACCCCUAUCUCCCCCUCUAUCCAUAUUCCCCCCACAACAACAAACCUUCAGCAAUAACUUUCUUCUCAAGUAUUCAAUUGGAUUGGUAUUUUCAUUAUUUUUUUUAUUCUUUUGAGAAAAAACAAAACAUUUAGUUAUUGUUUUGAGUAGCAUUUCUCCAGCAAAGCUGGACCGAGAGUCUGGCUGUUAUGAUCCAUGAGAGAGGCGUGAAGGCUUGGCCCGGCGUACAUUAGUGGCUUUCUGAUGUUACUGCAAUCCUUUCUCUUAUGCCUCUCUCUUUCUUUCUCUCUCUCUCUCUCUCUCUCUCAUUUUAGUAAAUAUGGAAAAUGUGUACAAAAGUAAGACACACAACACAUCGGGCUUCUAUUGUCCCGAUAAUUCCUAGCCUGAUCCUAGAUCUGUAUCUAGCUAGCUUUAGCCAAGUCAGCUAAAGCACAUACAGAUCUGGGACCAGGCUACCUGAUUCCCUGUCUGUUGGCUAGUGUAGGGAUGAAUAAUGUCAGUGAAGGGCUGUGUUAAACCCUGUGAGUCUUGUCUCUUCUCCUCAAGAUGGUGAACCCUCUCCUUUGGCAGGCGACAAUUCUCUUCCCUGCUUUUAUAUCCCCUUUUGUUCCAGCGCCAGUCACUUCCUGUUGAAAGGUCAGAUGGAUGGUGUCCUAUGUUGUGCUCUGUGUCGUCACUCAUCAGGCCCUUGCCCACGACGUGGUCUUAUACUCAGCAACAGUUAUGUGAAGUGUUUAUUCUGUGAAGGCUGUCCCCUGAACCGGUGUGUAGCUUCAAGAUCACGUGAGAACAGUUUCAUAUCAGUUGGAUUGUGGCUUUUAACCCCCUCCCCCCCACACACAAAAAAGGUCGAACUAUUGUUCAAGGGCCUUUUUGUUUCUGAGGCACUUAGCACCAAGUACACACAGACACACACAGCGAGCUUGCAACAUUGUUAGCUUGAGCCCAGUGGGCAGCACAGGUCAGCUGUGUAGGACUGAGGUUUGGCCAGCAGGGGGUGCCAUUGCCAUCUGAAUGCUCAGUCUGUGGCUGUGCUCAGAGAGAGGGGCAGUGAUUUGGCUGCAGCGUUGCGUAUAACCAGCCUAGCAGCUACCCCUGGGUUUUCUUAACACGUCCACACGAAGCAGUCAGCCAUAGGGAAGGUGAGGUACAACUCUUUUUGCCGUGACGUCAUUAAUUACCGGCUGACUUCCAAAGACAACCAGGACGCGUGACAAGGCAAGGACUCGCUGUCUUUCUCUCUCCCAGACCUCUCCGAUGUAUAUCUCAGUCCAUCCACCCAACCUCUCUCUCACCCCAUCCAGCCCUUGGAAGAACUCUGCUCUCCACUAGUGCUUUUAUCAGCAAGUGUGGAUCCACCCAUCCCUUUAAGAUUCGGCAGUGUAGCCGGCGAGUUGGUUCAACCAUCCCUUUAAGAAGACAGAGAUUCACCGUUCCCGUUAAGACCAAAGGGAGAGUGUGUGGAGUCUUUAUUCUUACAUAAUCAUAGUGGCUUUUCAAAGGCGACCGUGUUGUCUGCGUGUGGACCCCUCCCAUCCCCCAUUGGUUGUAUUGACAAGUCGUUGUCUUUCUGAAAGAGUAGUCCCUACGAGAAACUCUUAACGCCGUCGUCUCUCGUUGUUUCAAGGGAAUACCUUUUUAUAGUACCUCAGUAACAGAUAUUGAAUGUACGUUCAAACCCGUUUCUUUUUUGUACAGCUUUUGUAGAGACCCCUUUGCUAUUCCUGACCAGAAGGGUUGUAAAAAUGGUAACAAUGACGAUGAUAAAAAACACCCCACUCAAUAACCGAAUUGACCAAACAACUUUUUAGGAUUUCUCUGCGGGUUUUUUUCUUUUCUUCCCACUGUCAAAAAUCUCAGGCACCGAGACCAGUUACUUAUCUCUCGUCUUCACCUUAAAUGUUAUACUUCAUUUGUUUCUCUGUGGGGGAAAAAUGAGCACACCGCUUUCCCGCGAUUCUACAUUUCGACAUCAGAUUCCAGUUGAUCUGACAAGCUUCUUCGAGCUCCUGUUCUACAGCACAGUGAAACUUGGAUUCGAUUUCAAAGUGUCAGCAUGAACCGUUUUUGUCUGGAAUGUAGAACUAUAUACGCCUUUCUACUUUCCCUAAUGUCAUGCUGCUCUAGCUAUUGUGCAUGUGGGGUAUUUUUGGAGGGCAACCGCUAUUGGCCUAAAGCUUGUCAUCUUGUUGUCCACCCUUUGCUCCCCAGUGCUUAACCCUUAACCCAAGUUGCCAUUUUGUGGUGGUCAGUAACCAGUGAUGUACAGUUUUUUCCCCUUCCUACCAGAGUCUAUGAGGACAUGGACAUGAGGACAUUAUAGGCUCCUGUGUCAUGUGAUGAGUAUAUAUUUUUUUAAAUAUCCCCCAUAGUUUGAAUUAUGAGCUUAAAUAGUGACCGUAAAUUGCCGUUGAUGAUAUUGAUGACAUUUUUUGGGUUGUUUUCAGUUCAUCAAUGUGUUCAAAUCCAUUUAAUUUUUUUGACUCUUCAUCUGUAAUCGCUGUGUUCUACAUGUUGUACUGAAACAUUUCAGAAACAAACGUUUGAGUUUUUUUUUUUUUUUUUUUUUUUUUGUCUUAGCUGCCCUGCUGUAUUUAGCCUCUCCCUGUAUAGUAACUGUUAACUCUCCCUGUAUAGUAGCCGUAGAGUUGCCAUGGAAACACUCACUGCCUUAAACACAGUUGACCACAGUAGGUGGGGUAGGAGAGACACAGUCAGACGAAACCCCGCUAACAACUCACACCGUAAGGACGUUAUUCAAUCAAACACUGGUGACACGGUUUCCCGGAUAAGUCAAAAAUAACAUUCUCUCCACAGAGCUAAAAAGGGUAUUUUGAUUUGACAUGCAGUUGAGUGUCUUAAGUUUCACACUGCAAAUGUGAAGUACUUUUGUUGAGUACAUCAAUCAAAAUAUGCAUUCUCUCAGUCCAGAAAGAACAUUUCUGGGUUAACCAGGUGAGCCAUUUUGAUUGAAUUUCCCCUACAUGUAGGUCACUGUCAGUGCUACAGACUGAAGGAAAGUCCAUCUGAUAUUUCACUCUGAGGUGUGAGAAUGUUCCCCCCCCCUGCUCCGGGCGCUCUGAAAGUCUUUCAUGGCCAGCCCCGAGUCUCAGGGGGCAACAGCGGACACUGAUGUUGUCUGUCAGACCAGCUGAAAAUGAUGGAUAGAAUUGGUCACUUUUCUCUCUCAGGGUUGAAAUGCACACAUAUCCUCCCGCAGCCUCUUUCUCUCCCCCCUGUCUGUUCUGUGUUCCCGCGCUCCUCAGAAUGUUGAGCAGUCUCCUGACUUCCAGAAGGCCCUCACCAUUCUCUCCCUUCAUUUGUACACCGUGAGUUCUUGUGUUUGGUUUUACCUUCUGUUCUUUGGCACUGACAUCUAACCUUCAUCUAGCAAUGAAUGAAUAAAUGUUUUAAAUGAGCUGUGUGUAAUGUUGGAAUUUGGGAAAUGUAUUUUUACAACAUGUGAACAUGAGUUUUUAUUUUUUUUGGGGGGGGGGGUGGUGUCUUUCACUCAUCCGUUGUCGUGAAUUCAUUGAUUUACUUUCACCAGACUCCUGUAACGUCUCCUGUAACUAGGCUCUUAAGCUUUAUAUUUGUUUUGUUUACUUUUUUUAUUAGAAACAAUCAUGUUUGUGAUGGUAAUUUCCGAUGGUAAACUCCACACCGUAUUUUAAUAAAAUCCAAAAAAUGUA